AUGGCCACUCUUCCUCUUCCACCAUUCCUUACAACUCUAACGUUGGGCGUUGGAUUCAAAAGAUUGAUUGAGCCCGGUAUGCUACCCAUGACACUGACAGACCUUACACUUGGGCCAGACUUCUGCCAGCCCCUCGUCCAGGACGCUCUUCCAAUCACUUUGUCAAGACUGGAGCUUCAGAGCACACGUAAAGGUUGGACGCACUGUGUCUGCCUGCCAUCACGACUCAAGACCUUGGUGUGUAGUGUCGAGGCACUUGGAGAUCUGCACAUACCAUCUGACAAUGACAUCUGUAUGCACAUAGCCUUGGCUCAUCCACCAGGUGUACCAUUACCCGAUGUCUUUUACACCAAUCGAUUGAUGGUUGAUCAUAAAGUGUUAUAUACAUUGUUUGACUAUGCUCGGAACAUCCAAACAUUCGUCGUCAAUGUAUACUUACACUUCAAUCUCUAUCAAUACAUUCUACGUCGGAUUGAUCAACACAAUGCACUAUGGAUAUCUGGCCAAUGCCCAAACAGUCGUCCAUGCUUUGUUUCAAUAAAGAAA